AAAAACCUUAAAAUUCGAACCGGUUUAGCCUAACCCUAUGCUCACGUCUAGGCCGAUCAAAUCCGGGUGUAUAGUGAACACGCCACCGGUGACCGCCGGUUCCAUUAGACCGAAAGAUUUAUUUGUUACUUCCUCACUGUCUCAAAACACCCACACCUCCAGAAACACUUCCCACCUCCCAGAUGCCCCUCCGUUUGAUGAGAUCCUGAAUCACAAAUCCAAGCUCCAGAUUCUAUUCACUCAUUUGUAAUGGACGAAGACCGCAUUUUGGCGAGAGAAAGGUACCAAAUUGAGCAAAUUCGAGAGCUCGAUGACGAGGUAUUGCAGAUUGAAGAAGUUGAAGGUCUUCCUGACGAUUCCGAUGACGAUCAGGCCAGUGGGCAUGUUCAUGGCAGGCCGGGUGACUUCACAUUCGAUACCUGUUUGGCUCCAUUGCAUACCUAUUUGGGUGAGGUGGAAGACACUCAUCACAGAACAUCUUUUGUUGAUACUGGCGCCAUUUUGACUCUCCCUCUUUUUUAUCUUGAAGGUGUGGUACUGUUCCCGGAGGCAACUCUUCCUUUAAGAAUUAUACAGCCUAAAUUUAUAGCAGCUGUAGAAAGAGCAAUGGGCCAAGUUGAUUCGUCCUUUACCAUAGGUGUGGUUCGUGUUUAUAGAGAUCCAAACAGCGGAAGUCUAAGGUCUGCAGCUGUUGGGACCACUGCAGAGAUUCGACAAUAUCGUCGUUUGGAGGAUGGAUCUGUUAACGUGGUUACUCGUGGAAAGCAGCGAUUUCAUGUUAGACGCCAUUGGAUUGAAGCUGAUGGAGCUCAAUGUGGAGAGAUUGAAAUCAUUGAAGAAGAUUUGCCUUUGAGGAUGCCACGUGACGCAUUUGGAAGAUUACCGCCAUUAAGAAACCUUAGUAGCCGAAACUUUCCUGACGCUGCAAAAUCCCAUCAUAAAGCUAAGAGACAUAGGGAUGCAGAUGAAAACAAUGAUUCUGAUGCAGAGUCAGAAGAGAGUUUUCUGACUGAGCUUACCUUAUCUGAGAUGAGAUUGCAUCAAACUGCUAUUCAGUCCUGUUCUGCUUAUGAUAUGAUUGAUGAGUCAACAAGCAGUGACGAUGAGAAGUAUGUUUGUGAAUCAGAACUUUGCUCUGGAAAAUCUCAAUCAAGUGAUGGUUCAUCACGGUCAAAGUAUCGAAGGAGAAUAGAUGCUGCCUCAGGAGUUGGGAGAAAAGGUGCAAUAAACCAAUCGCCUCAGAAAGAAGAUGCAUGGGGGAAGAGAGGUAUGCCUUCCAGGUUAAAUCAGUUCCGUGCAGUUCCCAGAGCAUUCUGGCCACACUGGGUUUAUCAGAUGUAUGACUCUUUUUCUCUUGCUCAAAAGGCAGCAGAUAUGUGGAAACAGGUAGUUGGAGCACCAAGUAUGGAAGGUUUUGUGAGAAAGCCUGAUAUCUUGUCCUUCUCCAUUGCCAGUAAAAUUCCUAUUUCCGAGUCUACAAGACAGGAGCUCCUGGAAAUUAAUGGAGUCUCCUAUAGACUACGCCGGGAAAUUGAACUGCUUGAAGGGUUUGAUCGUGUAAGGUGUAAGAACUGUCAGACUGUAAUAGCAAGGCGAAGUGAUAUGCUGGUGAUGUCUAAUGAAGGCCCUCUUGGUGCAUAUGUAAACCCAAAUGGUUUUGUUCAUGAGAUAAUGACUUUUUACAAAGCCAAUGGUUUAGCACUGAUUGGCCGACCGAGAGAAGAAUACAGCUGGUUUCCAGGAUACGCAUGGACUAUUUCCAACUGUGCUACCUGUGAAAGGCACAUGGGUUGGCUGUUUACUGCCAUUAAUAAGAAGUUGAAGCCCAAAUAUUUCUGGGGAGUACGUAGUUCUCAGGUUGCAGAUGACAUGCGAUAAGAUUUCUGUAGCUGACUUUUGAUCUCUUUUACACACUUGUGUUUGUAAAAUGCUCUCAUAUCGAUAUCAGUCUUCUCGAUGAGAGUAGAUUUCCAUGAAGAGCAGGCUUGUAGAAGAACAUAUGAGAUUGUAUAGAAUAGUCCGGUUCUUGUAGUUUUGUUUACAAUGUAUGUUAGUACAAAUUCAACGAUGUAUCUUAUCUUGUAUGUGCGCAAGUAGGUUUAAUUAUGUUGAAUGUGCUUCAGCUAGAAAACCUUUAGGCGGGUGUCCAAAGUUUUUGAUGAUUACACUUUCCACCCAAGAAGCUGUCCUAGAAUCUGAUAUCAUUAGGGAUUACCAUAGUGAUUUCAUCGCCUUUUGUACGACUAUGAUGAUGAGUGACCCCAUAUAUUCAGGCAAUAACAAUGUAGUAGGUAUAACCAUUACUAUUUUUUGGGGGAAAACUCUUGGUGAAAUUCAAUCAUUCUUUUUUGGCAAAUUAUAA